GCUUUGCCUUAAGUGUCAUUGUUGUCUCAUUUCUUGGUCAUUGUGUUUCUUAGCAUUUGUUUCUUUCUCCUCUCAUAUAUUUGUUUAUAUGUGAGAAGAUACACUAUAUAUUUAUGAACACUGAUUUCAUCAAUAUAGAAUAUUAGGGAAGAGUGAUUCUUGGAGGAAAAAGGGUGUUCUUUUCUUGGUGCCCAGGAUGCAUAUGGAGAUGCCCAGAAAGUUGAAACACUUGUAAGCACUGGGCAAGUUUUGGGAAAGCUCAUUUGUCAUUUUUGCUCUUCACAGAGUUUGGAGAAGCAUGGAAAAACAGUGAUCUUUGGGAAAGUUGAGGACUUUGGGGGUUGGGUUAUUUUGAUCUUUAUCUGGAUGGUUUUGAGUGGAACUCAGAGGUUGAAGAAAGAGGUGGGUUGGGUAUUAUAGAAGCAGAGAAGUACAUGAAGGAAGAGUGAAACAAUGAGAGAUGACAAUUCCAAGAAAAGCAAGCUCUCCUGGUCAAAGAAACUGGUUAGGAAGUGGUUCAACAUCAAGGGCAAAACUGAAGAGUUUCAGGCUGAUGAAGUUGUUUAUGGAGGUUGUGAUGAGUGGAGAAAUAGCUUUUCUGAGAGGGAGCCAUGGACAUUCAAGAAGAGCAGAACUGAAAAAUCAAGCCGGAGUAUGGAGCGUCCUCGACAGAGGAGAGCUGAUCUUGAUCACCCUCAGAUCAUAAACGUGCACAACUAUAGUGUCUUUGUAGCUACAUGGAAUGUGGGUGGCAAAUCUCCUUCGAGUAACUUGAACCUCGAUGAUUGGCUACAUUCUGCACCUCCUGCAGAUAUCUAUGUACUUGGAUUUCAAGAAAUAGUUCCACUAAAUGCUGGUAAUAUUUUGGGGGCUGAAGACAAUGGCCCUGCGAAAAAGUGGAUAUCUUUGAUCCAGAAGACACUAAACAACGGUCCGGGUACUAGUGGAGGUAGUGGCUACUACACCCCUUCGCCCGUCCCGGAUCCAAUUGCAGAAUGGAAUGCCGAUUUUGAGGGGUCGGGUAAACAGAAAGCCUCGUCCUUCCUUCCACGAAGAUCAUUUCAGACGCCUCAGUGCUGGAGAAUGGAAAAUGAUCCAUCAAUCCCCCAGCCUCGCCUGGACCGACGGUAUAGUGUUUGUGACCGGGUAAUAUUUGGGCAAAGGCCAAGUGACUGUUCCUCGAGUCACAGACCGAGUGACUACUCCUCGGGGCAUAGGCCGAGUGACUUUGCCCCGGCUCAUAGGCCGAGUGACUAUUCUUCUGCUCAUAGGCCGAGUGAUUAUUCUUCUGCUCAUAGGCCGAGUGACUAUUCCUGGGGACAUAGGCCGAGUGACUAUUCCUAUUCCUCUAGCCAUAGGCCUAGCGAUUAUUCCUGGGGUCAGAGGCCAAGUGACUUCUCGAGAUGGGGCUCAUCGGAUGAUGAUUACGGGCCCGGUGAUUCUCCUAGCACCGUAUUAUUCUCACCAUCCGUAAACGGAGGAGGAGGGUAUGCACCAAUGGAAGAGAGCCACCGAAUGCCCAGGAAUACUCGAUACUGUUUAGUUGCAAGUAAGCAAAUGGUGGGCGUUUUCCUCACUGUUUGGGUUCGGAGUGAGCUAAGAGAACAUGUUCGAAACAUUAAAGUAUCAUGUGUUGGCAGAGGACUGAUGGGCUACCUAGGAAAUAAGGGAUCAAUUUCGAUCAGUAUGUCAUUGCAUCAGACAAGCUUUUGCUUCGUGUGCACUCACUUAACCUCGGGUCAGAAAGAAGGGGACGAAAUACGGAGGAAUUCCGAUGUUAUGGAAAUCCUAAAGAAAACGAGGUUUCCACCCGUAAAUGGCACGGGCGAGGAGAAAACCCCAGAAACAAUCCUUCAACACGAUCGAGUUAUUUGGCUGGGAGAUCUCAACUACCGAAUCGCACUUUCUUACCGAUCUGCCAAAGCCCUCGUUGAGAUGCAAAACUGGAGAGCCUUGUUAGAGAAAGAUCAGCUUCGAAUAGAGCAGAGGCGAGGUCGGGUCUUUGUGGGAUGGAAAGAAGGAAAAAUAUAUUUCCCACCAACAUAUAAAUAUUCUCGCAAUUCUGACAGAUAUGCUGGGGAUGAUAUGCACCCGAAGGAGAAACGAAGAACUCCUGCAUGGUGUGACAGAAUCUUGUGGUAUGGAGGGGGUCUACAGCAAUUAUCUUAUGCUCGUGGUGAAUCCAGAUUCUCGGAUCAUAGACCCGUAUCGAGUUUAUUUUCUGCUGAAGUCGAGUCGGUCCCGAGCCGCCUAAGGAAAAGCAUGAGUUGUUCGAGCUCGAGGAUUGAGGUAGAGGAGCUGUUGCCAUACUCACAUGGCUAUACAGAACUCUGCUUCUUUUAAGGAUAUUAAGCCUCAAAUUUUGGUAGUAAAAACUUUGAAGAAACUCAAUGAAUGGGGGGACCGGAUUUCGCCCACUAACCAAAAGAGGUGUAGAUAUUCGAGAUUUUGAUGGCUAACCAACCCACCCCGCAAAUAACAUUUGAAAUACAACCGUUAUCCCGCUAUGGUGCCCUUUAACUCCACACGACUGGCGUUUUCCUCUGGUAAAAUAAGGACUAACUGCACCAGCUAAAAGGUCUGCCGAGUGGGUAAUUAACAAUUCUUCUGUUUCAAGAUUAUUUUUUUUUGGUAGGAUUGAGAUUCACUGAUAGGAAGAGGAUGUGAAAGAUGGUAAAAAUAAUGAUUCUUUGAGUUUUUUUUUUCCUUUUUCUUGGAGGGGGUUUCCCUUUAUUUCUUCAUUUACCCUUUUUGUUUUUAAUGCUGUGGAAAGUAAAGAUCUUGGUAUGUAUACUCAUUGAUCAUUGCAAAACAGAGAAUGUAAUCUUAUUCUAUGAAAGCCACAACUCUCUCUCUAUCUGAUCUUGGCAAUGAUUUUACUGAAAA